CGCUCAAGGCCUCGGUCUCAGGUGGCGAUGCUGUGGCAGCGGUUGGCUGUGGUUGAGUGGGCAUCCCUGGCCUGGGAGCUCCUCGGCGCCUCGGUGCUGCUCAUCGCUGUGCGCUGGCUGGUCCGGCGGCUGGAGAAGCGGCCGCGGGACCUGAACCGUUGCGGGACACCCUCCUCGUCGCCCGGCGCGUCUGCAGCUGUGGCCACGCAGCCCGGUGAAGUGACAAUGGAUGGCAUGUUGGCGAGAUUGAAACUCCUGAACCCAGAUGACCUUAGAAAAGAAGUUAUAAAAGCUGGAUUGAAAUGUGGACCUAUUACAUCAACAACAAGAUUUAUUUUUGAGAAGAGAUUAGCUCAGGCUUUACUAGAGCAAGGUGGAUUGCUGACUUCUUCUCUUCCCAAUCACAGUGAGGUGACUGCCACAGCAUUUAUCCAGGGCAACCCGAGGACUCCUGCAUCUGUGGAAAGAAAACAAACUCAGCAGGCCAGUUUUUCUGAAGACAAAGACUUUGGUUACAAUGUGGGUUUGAACCCUCCAGAAGAUGAAGCUAUAACAUCUAAGUCCCACCCAAUACCCUUCAGUGCCUCUGCCAGUAAUGACAACCACCAGGCUGGAGCUGCGAAGGAACCACUUCUGUACUAUGGAGUAUGUCCAGUAUAUGAGGAUGGCCCUGUGGGAAAUGGAAGGAUCCAUGUUUAUGAAGAUAAAAAGGAAGCACUGCAAGCUGUCAAGUUGAUCAAAGGGUCCCGGUUUAAAGCUUUUCCAACAAGAGAAGAUGCUGAGAAAUUUGCUAGAGGAAUGUGUGAUUACUUCCCUUCUCCUAACAAAACUGUGUCCUCACUGUCUCCUGUGAAGGCAGUGCCAGUCUUCAGCAGUGAUGGGUUGAAAGCAGAUGGUUUAUGCCUGGCUGAAUCAGAAACAGUAAACAAAGAACGAGGAAACAAUUAUAAAAGUCCCCGUACACAGGACCUCACUGCCAAUCUUCGAAAAGCUGUUGAGGAAGGGGAAGAACAAACUUUUUCUGAUCUUAUCUGGAAUAAUCCCCGAUAUCUAAUUGGUUCUGGGGACAACCCAACCAUUGUACAUGAGGGAUGUAGGUACAACGUCAUGCAUGUUGCUGCCAAAGAGAAUCGGGCUUGUAUGUGCCGGAUAACAUUAGAGACCCUGGAGAACCCUGAGUUUAUGCGUCUGAUGUACCCAGAUGAUAGCGUGUACAUGCUGCAGAAGCGCAUGCUCUACAUUGUCGACCUUUAUCUGAAUACUCCUGACAAACUGGGCUUUGAUACACCAUUGCAUUUUGCUUGUAAAUUUGGAAAUGUGGAUGUAGUCAAUGUGCUUUCUUCACACCCUUUGACUGUGAAAAAUUCAAAGAAUAAAUAUGGUAAAACACCUGAAGACGUAAUUUGUGAAAGAAGCAAAAACAAAUCAGUAGAACUGAAAGAAAGAAUUAGAGAAUACUUAAUGGGUCACUACUAUGUUCCACUUCUAAGGGCAGAGGACAGUUCUCCUGUCAUUGGGGAGCUGUGGUCCUCAGACCAGAGAGCUGAAGCCUCUAAUGCUGACCACAGUAGAAGUAGCCCCAGAGAUCCUGUGAUGACAUUGAGAGCUUUUGUGGGGCCUCUGAGUCCAUCCAAGGCAGAAGAUUUUCGAAAAUGCUGGAAAACUCCACCUAGAAAGAAAGCAGGCUUCUUCCACAACAUCAGAAAGUCUGACCCAGAACGAGGCAUUGAGAGAGUGGGAAGGGAACUAGCUCAUGAGCUGGGUUAUCCCUGGGUUGAAUACUGGGAAUUUCUGGGAUGUUUUGUUGAUCUGUCUUCCCAGGAAGGCUUGCAAAGACUAGAAGAAUACCUUACUCAGCAGGAAAUAAACAAAGAAGCUCAACAACAAAUAGGAGAAGAUGAAAGCUGCCUUCAGGACAGAGCCUCGGGUUUGGGCAGUGGAAAGAAGUACAGCAAUUCCAUCUCUGUGGGAGCAUUUCUAGAUGGAGAUGAUGACAUUAGUUUGGAAGAAAUUAGAAAUCAGCAAAAUACAGCUCAAAGUCAGAGUCAGCCCACAAUCAAUAAAUUCCAAAUCUCUGAAUGUGGUUCCCUUCCCUUGGGACAGAAGCUGGACCCUGAAGAAACCUCAGUUGGAUCUUGCCCCCAUAACAACAGAAAUGGGCUUUGUCCUGCUCUGAACCACAGGACUGCAGGUGGAAGGGGACAAGAGGCCACCAGUGGGCAAGAGACCCUUCCACCACCUGUUUCUGCUUUGACUCUAGAGUUUGAUAAACUGAACUUACAGAAUCUAGGAGAUAGUCCGCUUGAGACACCAAAUAAAAAUAAGAGACUGGCUUCAAGAAAUGAUGUAGGGAAUAACUCACUGGCACCUCCUCCUGCAAUAUCAAGACUUGAAAAUAACCAAGUCAGGACCAACAGUGAAGUGUCAGAGGCAAUGGCUGAAAUGUCUUUGGAUCCCAACAGUUCCCAGCUUGAAGUUCAGAAUGGUCAGGAACCUAUGUUCUCAUCUGCCUCAGGAAAUUCCACCAGGAAACUCUUUCUUUCUGGAGAGGAGCCAUCAAAACUAGAUCGGGAUGUUUUAGCAGCUCUUGAGUGUGCCUGUAUUGACCCUGGUCUGUACCCAGCUGUCCACAGAUGGAAAAGCACUGUCCUGUGCUACUCACCCUCAGACAGACAAAGUUGGCCAAGUCCUGCACUGAAAGGGAAGUUCACAGCUGAGCUGCUGGAUCAUGGUUGCUCUCAUGUCUGCAGUUCAGGACGAAGCAGUCCAGCUGGUAGCAGCCCCAGCAAGCCUGGCCACACCACCUCCUCCCCUGGCCUUCACAGCCCCAGGCGUUACAGUCCAGCACACGGGACCCACUUCCAAAGGAUGGCACACAUGGCCCGACUUGCAGCUCUGUAGAGCUAGCCAGUAUGCUCACUUCUGGGGCUCAUUUAUUUCUUUGUUUUUAAAAGAAGGGCAAUAUGUUUAUUGGUAAAAAUUCCAUUAAAAAAUGUAUUCUGAAUAA